UCAGCGCAGAGGCGGAGGUCCAGACCGCAGCUGCGGAGGUCCAGACCGCAGCUGCGGAGGUCCAGACCGCAGCUGCGGAGGUCCAGACCGCAGCUGCGGAGGUCCAGACCGCAGCUGCGGAGGUCCAGACCGCAGCUGCGGAGGUCCAGACCGCAGCUGCGGAGGUCCAGACCGCAGCAGCCGCCUAGCGGAAGAGGAUCACAGGUUCUGACUUAGCCUCGCACUCUUGCAAAACUGCGAUCCAGGUGGGAAAGGGAGAGAUGGGUGACUCCAAGAGUAGUCUUGGCUUCCUCGUUUUGCUUGUGAUUGUCUUGUUCAGCGGGACGUCCAGCGACCCUCAUUCUCUUUCCUAUAAUUUCACCAUCGAUCCUUGGCCCAGAGAUGAUCAGCCAUGGUGUGAGGUUCAAGGAGAAGUUGACCAAAAGGUCUUUCUUUCCUAUGACUGUGGUACAGCUAAGAUCAAGUACAUGAGUCCAUUGGGAGAGGAAGUGAAAAGUAUGAGCGCCUGGGAAGCACAGACUGUCACACUCAGAGACACUGGAGACUUGCUCCAGGGGCAGAUGCCUGACGUUACACCGGAGAAACACACAGACAAGGGCCCUCUGACCCUGCAGGCCAGGAUGACAUGCUGGCGUGAAGACAGUGGACACACCAGUGCAUCCUGGGGGUUUGGCUUCAAUGGACAGCUGUGCCUCCUCUUUGAUUCAGAGAAUGGACACUGGACAGUGGUUCAUCCUGGAGGGAGACAGAUGAAAGAGAAAUGGGAGAAUGACAGGGCUGUGACUGACUUCUUCAGGACGGUCUCCAUGGGAGACUGUCGGGCCUGGCUUCAGGCUUUCUUGGUGCACUGGGAGAAAAUGUUGAAGACCUUGGCAUCACCGACCACGGUCCCGCCUACAGUGCAGCCCACAGUCCCGCCUACAGAGCAGCCCACGGCCCCGGCCAUCAGUCCCAUCACCUGGAUCGCCCUUGGGGUUCUUGCCAUUUUUGUCAUAAUGGGCAUCGUAGCCUGGAUCCUUUACAAGAAGAGGAGGCGGUGCUCCCAGGAAGCCCCUGACAGGUGCUCUGUUGGCCUCAGGACUCAGUCUUUGUUUGGUUGCUCUUCUUCUCGUGUUCACUUUAGUGCCAGGAGAGCAGACCUUAGGAAUCCCAAGUCUGUCUACCAGUUAUAAUGACACGGUGGCUGCACCAUCUCGAGUCUCUUGUCCCAUCUGAUGAACAUCCUCCUCAACAUCUUUAAUUUUUUCAAACCUAAUUUCUCUUGGUGCUGAGUGACGGAAUCCCUGAACUGAAACUUUCAACUAUUUAAACAAGAGAUCUCCACAAACAGAACUCUUUUAGUCUUUUUCUAGUUUUUGGAAAAUUAGACUUUUCCCUGCAUUGUGACCUUAUUCUUACAAAUGAUGAUAUUGCUGGAAAAAUACAUCUGCUAUUACAGGACUCAGGGAUUUUUUUCUAUGUCCAGAGAAACAACUUCAGUGUGUUUUCAAUGGAACAAAAUUUUACGUUGACUGAUUCCCUUCAUGAUUUAUUACCCUAUUGGCACUGA